CAGGAAGGUUGAGACAUUUCUCAGGCAGUGACGGUGAGUCAAAAAGGAGAGAGGGAAAGAGAGAGAAGAGUUGGUGAUACAACCAGGUCAGGAUGAAUUCUAGCCAUGGCUUCUACCACUUUUCCUCUGGCUCCCUCGGAGGAGCUGCAGGAUGCAUCUUCCAACCUGUAGGUGAUCCCUACAGAACUUCCAGCUUCCAUGGAGCAAGCAGCAGCAUUCCCACGCCUGUGUCCUUUGUAAGCCCCAUCUGGCUGGUCUCUGAUGCUGGGACAAGCUGGGGAUCCUUCAGUGGGAGCCAGGGAAACCUCUUCAUGGGGGGGAACGAAAAGCGGACCAUGCAGGACCUGAAUGACCGCUUGGCUGCCUACUUGGAAAAAGUACGAUCUUUGGAGGAAGCCAACACACAGCUGGAGGGCUGCAUCCGGGAGUGGCACCAGAAGAGGUCUCACGGCACCAAGCAGGACUUCAAGGAUUACGAGCAAAACAUCUUAGACAUGCACGAGCUGAUUGAGACUGGACGGGUUACCAACGCAGGCCUUGUUCUACAGAUUGACAAUGCCAAGAUGGCCACAGAGGACUUCAGGCUCAAAUAUGAGGCUGAAAAAGCCCUACGGCAAAGUGUGCAAAGUGAUGUUGAAAACAUACGUAAGGAGCUGGACAACAUGACCAUCAUAAUAACUGACCUGGAAAUGGAAAUUGAAGCUCUGCGAGAAGAUCACAUACUUAAAAAAAAAGAACAUGAGGCGGAUAUGCACGCAUAUGGUUCAUCCAAAGACUUCAAAGUGAACGUGAAGGUGAACAAAACUCCUCAAGAAGAUUUGGCCAAGAUCCUGGCAGGGAUAAGAGCAGAUUAUGAAGCAAUAAUUGAAAAAAACCGCCAAAGUCUUGAUUCUUGGUUCCAGCAACAGAUUGGAAAUGAAUCUUCAGAGGGACAACACAACCAGGAAGAACUACAAAACAGCCAGAAAGAAAUCACUGAGCUGAAUCGCACACUGCAAACCCUGGAAAUUAACUUCCAGACAGAACUAAAUAAGAAAUUUGCCCUAGAAAACAAUUUGGAAGAAGGCAAGUCUCACUAUGCUUUUCAGCUUCAAAGUAUCCAAAACCUCAUCUCUAAAUGUGAAGAAGAGCUCAGCAAGUUUCGGCAUGAUAUCAAGUGUCAAAAUAAUCAGUACAAGAUCCUCUUUGGAAUAAAAACACGCCUGGAGAGGGAAAUUUCUACUUAUCGCCAGCUUCUGGACGGGGAUGUUGAUGGGAAGACCGGCGCAAACUUUAGAGGACACAGAUCAAGCAAUCAAAACCUAAAGAAAAUUGUGCAAGAGACUGUGGACGGAGAGGUAGUCUCUACACAUACCACUGAGAUCAAACGACAGGCAUGAUUUCCAAUGUGAAGGAAGAAUCACUUCUCUGUGGAGCAUAUACAGAUCUGACUAUUUAAUGAGGACAGUUCUAUUCCUUAUUGGCGGUGUAUGCAUACAUUCCUUGAGGAUCCUGAAUUCUUUUUCUCAAUCUUUCAUCCAUAUGUAAUUUAAUUUAAUAUGAAUGCAAAUAUUUUAGCAUCUUCUGUUGUAGCUUACUUCUUUAAAACCUCUAGAUAAAUAAGAAUAUCAUUAAUUUAUUCUGGUUCCCAGUAAUUGGAGUUGCUAAGUCUGACAAUCAAUUAGCAAAGACGUUUGCUCAUCCCAGAAGCAAAUGCUGCACAGUUGUGCCUUUAAAAGAGUGCCUGGCAAGUUACUCAUGAUAUAGGAUCUCCAUAGAAAAAUAAGAGAUGUAUUACUUGUCCAAAAGGCUUCUGGCCAUAAAUCAUGAUUAAAGUUUUCAAACAGAUUCAAGAGAGAAAAUUUGAAAAAAAAUUGGGAGAAUUCUGGAGGUAGGUCUGUCUUUAUAUGACAAAAAUGUUAAAAUGUGGUAAAGGCAAAUUGAUUGAACUAUGGCUGAAACUAAUUCUGGCACAUCCAUACAUUAUGUGGAGGUAAGAACUGUCCACUAGUGGUACAUUAAUAAUGGCUGGGCCUCUAUACCCAAAGAACAAUAAAUGGUGCCUCUAUAACAACAUUUUGAUGGUCAUUUUUCUUCCCUUGUGUUGCUUCCAUUUGCUUAACUGCACAUUACACAGAAACUUGAGUAACAGGAACUGGCACUGGAAAGAGAAGAGCUUUUGAUGUUCUUCCCCAGGAGAUCAGUGGGGAACUAGUGCACACCCAUAGGCUCCAUAGGGGAGAACAUUUCACAAUUCAAAUACCUUGCUUCGUAGAUUCCGGUGUGACUUCAUAUUCCCUUUAUAUCAGAGUUUCUUUACAUCCUUAAAAAUAUCCUACAUGUGGAAUCAGAGAAUUUUACAGAUGGGAGAGAACAUGGAGGUCAUUCAGUCCUGCUGAAUGCAGGAUCUAUAAUGUAGGAGGCAAAUAUGACAUUCCUGACAAUGGCCAUCCAACUUCCAGCAAAAGA